UAAUUUUUUCUGAUUUUAUUUAUUAAGUCGGAAUUCAAAAUGAAAGCUCAAAUAUAUUAUUGUUUUAUUAUUUUUGUAUUUAUUUUCGGUACACUAAACGAAUCCUAUGGAAAAUAUAUUGAUCAAAAUGCUAUCAUUAAAGCGGUCUCAGGUUUCGCAAAUGAUUUGAUGAAAGUAAAAUACGAUAAAUUAGUUAAAGAGAAUAAAAGAGAUGAAAUAAACAAAAUAUGUACUACUCUUAAGGAAACUUGUAAUGAUAAACAAAAUUUGGGUAAAAAAGACAAAACUAUAAAACACAAGGAAUGCACUGAUUUUUAUAAUAAAUGUCUUAAAGAAAACCCAUUUAAAUCAAAUCAAAGUAAAACUUAA